ACUUGGUAAACAAAAGCCGGAGAUUCGGGUUUUCGAUCUAAAAAGUUUUAAGAGAAAUUUCAAAGUGGCUUACUACAACUUAAAAUUUUUCGAUCUGUACAUAAUGCAAAAAAAUGUGAAAUAAUAAAAAUUGUGUCUUACUUAAUUUGCAAGAAAAGUGCCCCGUAUCCAAGGGAAAACAAUUAAACUUUUCCAUUUUCAUUAUGGCUACCAUGAACCCUAAUAAAACAAGGUAAAAGUGCGGUAUAAAAUUUGUCAGCAAGCUACUUCAAAAGACAAUCGAAUCUCUGAGAAGUGGGGGAAUUUGGAUCCAGUCGAUUAUAUUAAGGAGCUCACAGAGGGUUGGCAUGUCAUUUGCGGGAAAGUGCGUUAGAAGAUUGGUUUUCCGUUUUCGUCCUUUCGAUUUUUGGGUGAUUUAUACUUGUUCGUUUUGGUGAUAAUUGUUAAUUGAAAAUGGCAGUAGAGUGGAUUAGAAAUAAUAUGCUGCUUUUGGACAAUGAACGCAAUAGGCAAUUGACGGAAGCCGAAUUGAAAGUUCAGCAGUCUCUUCAAAAACUUUCCAUCCCAGAUUUGUAUUUAAACAAAUGUUCGAAUCCACCAAAGAUAUUAAACGUCAUGCCGAUUGAAAAUCGUCUACCACCAUGGAAGAAUUCUACUUCUAGAAGAAACUGUACAUCAAAUUCAUCGUCUUCCGAUUCAAUAGAUAUAUCUCCACAUGUGAAGGAAAAUGUACGCCAGAAAGCUAAGAAAGUGGCACCACCUAUAACAUCCUACAAGAAAAAAAUAUUUUGUCAGCAAAUGUUACCAGAAACUAAACGCACGGGAUCCUCGACGAAGUCUUCUUCACCCAAGGAAGAAAUAUUGGACGUGAACAUUCCGAUAAUGAAGUUCCCUAGAAAAAUUUCCAAGACUUUUCCUAAAAUGUCGCCUUCUAGAAAAAUCCAGAACCUAAAUCUCGUUUUACCACCCGGUCCGAAGAUUGAACUUUCAAAAGACGUCGAAGACAUGUGUAAUGACGACUAUAACAGUGACGAUAGUAAAAAGACGUUUGUUUUAAAAGAACGACCAUUUAACGUUGAUGGGACUACUAAGACUGAAGAUUUAAAAAACGUCGAUGUGAUAAUAGACAAAAGAAGAGAGAAUAGACAAACGAACGUCAACUUUCAAGCUUCCGAAGUUGUGACGACUCCUUUAAAUGCACCAGAUGUAAAGCCAAACUUCGUCAAAUAUCAUGCCAAAUCUACUCCAAAAUCCUCUCAAGCUUCCGAAGUUGUGACGACUCCUUUAAAUGCACCAGAUGUAAAGCCAAACUUCGUCAAAUAUCAUGCCAAAUCUACUCUAAAAUCCUCUCAAGCUUCCGAAGUUGUGAUGACUCCUUUAAAUGCACCAGAUGUAAAGCCAAACUUCGUCAAAUAUCAUGCCAAAUCUACUCCAAAAUCCUCUCAAGCUUCCGAAGUUGUGAGGACUCCUUUAAAUGCACCAAAUGUAAAGCCAUUCUUCGUCAAAUAUCAUGCCAAAUCUACUCCAAAAUCCUCUCAAGCUUCCGAAGUUGUGACGACUCCUUUAAAUGCACCAGAUGUAAAGCCACUCUCCGUCAAAUAUCAUGCCAAAUCUACUCUAAAAUCCUCUCAAGCUUCCGAAGUUAUGACGACUCCUUUAAAUGCACCAGAUGUAAAGCCAAACUUCGUCAAAUAUCAUGCCAAAUCUACUCCAAAAUCCUCUCAAGCUUCCGAAGUUGUGAGGACUCCUUUAAAUGCACCAAAUGUAAAGCCAUUCUUCGUCGAAUAUCAUGCCAAAUCUACUCUAAAAUCCUCUCAAGCUUCCGAAGUUAUGACGACUCCUUUAAAUGCACCAGAUGUAAAGCCAAACUUCGUCAAAUAUCAUGCCAAAUCUACUCCAAAAUCUUCUCAAGCUUCCGAAGUUGUGAGGACUCCUUUAAAUGCACCAAAUGUAAAGCCAUUCUUCGUCGAAUAUCAUGCCAAAUCUACUCUAAAAUCCUUUCAAGCUUCCGAAUUUGUGACGACUCCUUUAAAUGCACCAAAUGUAAAGCCAAACUUCGUCAAAUAUCAUGCCAAAUCUACUCCAAAAUCCUCUCAAGCUUCCGAAGUUGUGACGACUCCUUUAAAUGCACCAGAUGUAAAACCAAACUUCGUCAAAUAUCAUGCCAAAUCUACUCCAAAAUCCUCUCAAGCUUCCGAAGUUGUGAGGACUCCUUUAAAUGCACCAGAUGUAAAGCCAAAAUUCUUCAAACUUCGUGCCAAUUCUACUCCAAAGUCUUCUCAAGCCCACCUAUUUUCAUCUGCCAUCAUCGAAAAUAGUCCAAAAGAGAAUCUUUUGACUAAACCAAGAGAGAUUCUUUCACCGAGUAUACUGGAGAAAUCUUUGAUUUUCGAAAACAAGUCAAUGAAUGUGUCGAACAGGUCUGAGAAUAUUCGAAGAUCUAAGAAGGUAUCUCCGAAUCUUCUGGAAAAGACGUUUAUCUUCGAAAAGAGUUCAACGCACAAUAGUUUCAAAGAAUCGAGUAACCCCAUAGAUUUAGAACUUUCGUUACGGAGUAAAAUAUUGAAUUGCAAGAAGAAUAUAGUUCGAGAGAUCGUUCGAAACUUAGAUGAAGGAAUGAGAAGAUCGUUGCAGCCGUGUCAUAGCCAAGAUGAUGACAAAGAGUGCUUUGUGAAGCAAAUAGUGAAUGUUUUGGAGAAGGGAAACAUUUCUAGAAUGAGAAGCGUAUCAUCAAGGAGUUCUAUAAACGACGAAGACAGCACCAGUGAAUCAGAGACAAAAUCCUACGUCACAUCAAAUUCCCUCAAGGAAACGGAUUACAGUGAUUAUGGUCGAAGAUCGCCGACUCUGAACAGCGACAAAAAUCAGACAUUGAAUUCUGAAUGCGUCAAAAAAGACACGUUGGAAGUCAAAGAGAAAAGUGCUGAAGAUGAUUCUGUUUAUUGGAUAUCCAUAUCUAGAUAUACACUACCAAGAAGUAGUUCUCUAUUGAGCAUUAACUCCAGAUUGUCUAGCAAUGGUCACUCUCCAUGUAUCAGUCCGAUUAAAAGCCCGAAUGAAGUCGAAUAUUCACUACAAACAAGCUGGGGAGCUACUUAUAAAACGAGCAACCCACUCUGCAAGAAAUUGUUCCACGAGACCGCAGUGAUAGAUUCGGGAUACUCUGAUUAGAGUGGAUCUUAUUUUUCGACCAUUGAGUUUUCCCCACGGUAGCGAGUGUAUCAAAAAUUUCUGAUAAAAACUUAUUUACAUUCAAUAGUCAUCAGAGAAAAAUGUAGGACUCUUUACGAGUGAUCAAGUCGGUAAAAGUCAAAAGAGAGGAAUUUGCGAAUUAUUUCAUGAUUCAAUUUGACGUAAAAUGUAAUCUGAUUGCCAGAGAAUUUAUUUCUAAAAUCACGGAUAUCUGGAUAUUUGCUUCGAUACUUUCCAGAUGAUGCUGCCAGUGACUGGAUAUAACGAGUAUCGUAUCAUUUGAGUAUUCUGCAAAUAUAAAAUAAUAAUAUUGUAGUAUAAUAAAAUUAGAUAUGGUAUAUGUAUAUAAUAAAAUUUAAUGUAUAUGUAUAUGUAAUAAUAGGUAUAUUGAAUAUUAUAAAGAUUGGAAAGAUCGAAGUCACAUUGAGAAUAUUCAUAUUUUUGCGAACAUUUUGUUACAUUACGCAUGAG